CCGGGCCGCCGUCCCCGCCGUCCCCGUCGUCCCCGUCGUCCCCGUCGUCCCGCCAUGGGUCUGGAGCUCUACCUGGACCUGAUGUCCCAGCCCAGCCGCGCCGUGUACAUCUUCGCCAAGAAGAACGGCAUCCCCUUCGAGCUGCGCACCGUGGAGGUGCUCAAAGGGCAGCAUCUGAGCAAGGAGUUCUUACAGGUUAACAGCCUGCAUAGGGUGCCUGUCCUCAAGGAUGGUGACUUCAUCUUGACCGAAAGUGUGGCCAUCCUGAUUUACCUGAGCAUUAAGUACCAGACUGCAGACUACUGGUACCCGCCUGACCUGCAGGCCCGUGCUCGCGUCCACGAGUAUCUGGGCUGGCAUGCCGACUGCAUCCGUGGCACUUUUGGCGUGUCCCUAUGGACCCAGGUGAUGGCGCCGCUCAUUGGGGCCCAGGUGCCUGAGGAGAAGGUAAAGCGCAACAGGGCCAUCAUGGACCAGGCACUGCAGCAGCUAGAGGACAAGUUCCUGGGGGACAGGGCCUUCCUCACAGGCCAGCAGUUGACACUGGCUGAUCUCAUGGCACUGGAGGAGCUGAUGCAGCCUGUGGCUCUUGGCUAUGACCUGUUUGAGGGACGGCCACGACUGGCGGCAUGGCGUGGGCGAGUGGAGGCUUUCCUGGGUGCUGAGCUGUGCCAGGAGGCCCACAGUCCCAUCUUGAGCAUCCUUGAACAGGCGGUCAAAAAAACACUCCCAGUGCCCCCUCCAGAGGCCUAUCCGAACAUGCUGCUUCGUAUUGCCAAGAUCCCCUGACAGGUCUGAGAUGGAGGCCAGGAGAUUAGCGGUAAGAAUUUAUUCUGGGGCUGGCCAGUUAGCUCAGUUGGUUAGAGCAUGGUGCUCUAACGACGCUCAUAACACCAAG